AAGACAAACCCCUUAUUUAAGGCCUGGUUGUUUCACAACACUCCAUGACCUUAAUCACAAUCUCAAUAUAUAGCUGCAGCAGCAGCUAGCCUCCAGUAUAAGACUAAAAAUAUCAAACUUUACCAAGAUCUCGAUCGAAAUAAUUAAGUGUAGGAUUACCAGUGAUAAACUGGUGAUCAAAUCAACGAUGGCGCCUUCGCGUCCAGUGGCUAUUGCUGUCAUUCUCUUGUGCACGUUUUUGGCGUUUCAGGCGAUGGCGGCGGACGCCUACGGCGGCGGCGGCGACGACGGCGUGACGACGCAGAUGUUCGAGGAGUGGAUGGCCAAGUUCGGCAAGAAGUACCCGUGCCACGGCGAGAAGGAGUACCGGUUCGGCGUCUUCCGCGACAACGUCCGCUUCAUCCGGAGCUACCGGCCACCGGCGGGCUACAACUCCGCCCUGCGCGUCAACCAGUUCGCCGACCUCACCAACGACGAGUUCGUCUCCACCCACACCGGCGCCAAGCCGCCGUGCCCCAAGGACGCGCCCCGCGGGGUGGAUCCCAUCUGGCUGCCGUGCUGCAUCGACUGGAGGUACAAGGGCGCCGUCACCGAUGUCAAGGACCAGGGCGCCUGCGGGUCUUGCUGGGCGUUCGCGGCGGUGGCGGCGAUCGAGGGGCUGACGCAGAUCAGGACGGGGAAGCUGACGCCGCUAUCGGAGCAGGAGCUGGUGGACUGCGACACCGGCAGCUCCGGGUGCGCCGGCGGCCACACCGACCGCGCGUUCGAGCUCGUCGCCGCGAAGGGCGGCAUCACGGCGGAGAGCGGGUACCGGUACGAGGGGUACCGGGGGAAGUGCCGCGCGGACGACGCGCUGUUCAACCACGCGGCGCGCAUCGGCGGGCACCGCGCCGUGCCGCCGGGCGACGAGCGGCAGCUGGCGACGGCCGUGGCGCGGCAGCCGGUGACGGCGUACAUCGACGCGAGCGGGCCGGCGUUCCAGUUCUACGGCUCCGGCGUGUUCCCGGGCCCGUGCGGGAGCGGGAGCGGCGCGGCCGCGGCGGCGCCCACGACCAACCACGCCGUGACGCUGGUCGGCUACUGCCAGGACGGCGCGUCGGGGAAGAAGUACUGGGUGGCCAAGAACUCGUGGGGCAAGACGUGGGGCGAGAAGGGAUACAUCCUCCUCGAGAAGGACGUCGCCUCGCCGCACGGCACCUGCGGCGUCGCCGUCUCGCCCUUCUACCCCACCGUGUAACCGCCACCGCCAUCGCCGCCGUCCUCCUCGUCAUCUUCUUCUUCCUCCGUCCCGACAUCGAGCCCACUAUAAUGUUAUAUGGGCCGAGAUUUUCUGGCCUCGUCCAUAGAUGGGCCUUAGUUAAUUAUUGGAAUAAGUCUAUUUUAAUUACCUCAAAUAUCUUGCUCCCAGAUGAAUCGCAUCCUUCAACCGUAAAACUAGGUAUAAAACCUCUUCCAUUUUUGAAAACCCGUGCAGACAGCCUCCUUUGGUGGUUUGACCUAAUUACUAGUCAUUGACAUAUGGGUCCCACCAGCUGACUCAACCAAUCAACGGAGUCAAAGCAACCACGUCAGACGAAAUCACCUUCCAAACCACCAAAGGAGGUUAUUUGCACUGGUUUUUGAAGAUGAGAGACACAUUACAUCCGGUUUUACGGUUGAGGAAUACGAUUUAUCCAUGAGCAAGAGUGGAGGGAGGUA